AUGAGUAUUGGCACAGACACCAACCCUGAACAAACACCAGCACCGUCACUGUCAUCUUCUGCAGCGUCAGCCAAGGGACAGCAGCCCGAGGGUGAUAAUGCCACCACCGGAUCGGGGGCAAAUUCAACCUCGAGGACCGAAGCAAGUCCAGAUGCAAAGGCCGAUUCAAGCCAGUUCAACUUCGCCCUCAACUACCAACUCUGA